GGAUCAAAAUCAGAGCAAAAAUAAUAGAAAGCCCACUUCAAAUCCACUUUCAGAUUUCACUGAUACCAUUGAAACACCAAGAGUGAAAUGACCACCACUUCUCUCUCAGCAAAAACUGAAAAGGAUACAACCCUUUUCACAGACUGAGACCGCCACCACCCGAAAAAAUAAAAAAGAAAAAGAAAAAGAAAAAGAAAAAAGAAAAAGAAAAGAAAAGAAAAAGAUCACAAGCCCUCUUUUAGUAAGAGAGCCACAGUGAGAGAGAACAAAACCCAUUGAUUCUUCUUAUCUCUUCCUCUUUAAUUUGAUUGCUUUGCUUGUUCAUCCAUAGACCCAUUUUGUCUUGACUGAAAGUAUUUACAGAUAUGUUUGGUACUGUUUGAUUUGGUUUUGUUGUAUAAUGGGUCUCUUCCAUUGAGGUUGGAAGACAUAGUCACGAGUUCUUCUAUUUUUCCAAGUGACCCAUCAAUGGACAACACCGGCAGAAUGCAUUAAGGAAUUAAGGCCUGUGUGCAAACGUGCUAGUCGUCAUCUACCUUGUUUCUCCUACUUAUUUGGCAAUGGUUUCUGAAGAUUUCUCAAAGCAAUCAACCUCAACUUUUCAGGGCCAAGGUGUUAUCUCUAAUGUAGAUACUAGCUCUAUUCAUGCUCAAAACCUGAGCUAUGAUCAACCAUUUCAACCAAAUAACGUUCCCAUUUUCUUUAAUUCAUCAAGGGAACAGAUCUCUAGGCCAGAUGAUACUGGAAUGCUUCUAAGUAGUUUCAGUAAUCAUGAAGCUCGAAAAGAUAAUACUCAACCGAGCGUUAGCUAUGGAAAUGGACAUGGGCUUUCACUAACUCUUUGUUCUCGUCGGCUGACUAAAUUUCAACGUGAAAGGAACUCCAACUAUUCAAGUAAUGACUGCAUGAUUUGUGAACGCGAAGCGAAUUGCUCUCAUCAUAAUUUACAUGGCAUGACAUCUCUACUUGCCAUUCAGAACUCUCCGUAUCUUAAACCAGCCCAGCAGUUGUUAGAUGAAGUUAUCUGUGUAAGCAAUGCAGUUGAGCCCAGUUCUGAGAAUCAAGUGAGGUCUCUUCAGAUUGAUAAAAUGGAAGAAAGCAUCAAUCGACAUGAAGGAAACCACUUCUCAUCAGACGAGAACGAUGCUGUCCAUAUCAGAAUCAGCAAACUUGUUGCUUUAUUGGUUCAGCUAGAGAGCCAAUAUGAGCGGUACUUUCAUCAGAUGGACACAGUGGUGGCAUCAUUUGAAGCAGUAGCAGGUGUAGAAGCUGCAGCAUCCUACACUGCCCUCACCAUCCAAGCAAUGUCUAAACACUUCUCCAACCUGAGGUGUGCCAUAAUCACUCAGAUAAAUUCUUCAAGUGACUCUCUGUCAAAAGAUACGCCUAGAUCCCAUGGCGACGUUUCUCAUGAGAACAGCAAACAGAAGAGAGAGACUCUUCAGCAGCUCAGCAUGAUGCAGAUUCGACAAGUUUGGAGGCCAUUAAAGGGACUGCCGGAAGAAUCAGUUGCCUGCCUUCGAUCGUGGCUUUUCAAACAUUUUCUUCAUCCAUAUCGAAUUGGUUUAUAAAUGCUCGCGUUAGGCUGUGGAAGCCGAUGAUAGAAGAGAUGUAUAGGGAGGAGCUUGCAGAAGAUAUGCAGUCCCCCCAUCUGGACUUCUAGGCGUUAGAAAACACUUCAACAUGGGCAGAUUUAAUGGAUGGAUAUUCUUGCAAGAGUUGGGAGUUUGUUCAUCCAUCAUAACUUUGUAUUCGGCUCCUUACGAAUGUGGAAAUUGUAGUCAUCCUGAUUUGCAAUGAGUUAAUAAUAGAUGUCAUUAAUGUAUCCUUCAGAAACUACCUGUCGCCAUCAGGAUUCUUGCCUGUACAAACAAGUACUUUGUUGAAGAAACUGGCUUACAAUAUAUCCUCUUUUUUUAGCUAUUCUUCUCAUAUACUGAUCGAUCCGGUUUGAUAAUAUUGUAAUGUAUCAUAAACGUCAUGACUGAUUUGCUCAAUUUUUCUUUAGAAAAAUUUGGAAUGUAAAAGGUAGACUUGAUUAGGGAAAAACAUCAGCUUAUAUUCUUAUUCUUA